GGCUGGACCAAUUGCAGCCUCAUCCAGUACCUUGAGAGAGAUUUAAGAGUGUCCUGCCAAUGUGCUUACCUGAUUGCGACAAUUCCAGGAAGUCAGAACCAUCGUUGUAGUAUUGUACAUAGUAAGACAGUUGAACAACCGGGUUUGCAUCAGAAGCUAGUUGGGGAUGAUGUGUGGGUCUUCUAUUUGAUUUGGAGAGUUCAUGCAACUGAUGGGCAUGCCUGUGGGAUCUGGUGCAAUAGAAAAGUGUAUUCGCCGAGUCUGACACAGAACUCAAAGCGCAAAAAUAUUGCGCUCAGACAUCAUAGAAAACAGAUCGCUAUACAAACGUACUACAGCGAAGCACCAAGAUAUCAGAUUGUUGAAGGCCGCACGAAACGAUGCGAAUAAUCGCCGGGGCUUCAGUAUUGUGGGCCUGGUUAAUCCUCUUGCCUGGCAGUGAGGGAGGUAUCUGGUCAAAGCCGGCGGUGCGAGGCCAACACCAUAUCCGCGAACAUCACAUCCCACAGAUUAUACAUCAGUCCUGGAAAGACGAGAACGUACCCCAAGGAUUCAAGCCCUGGCAGGACAGCUGGAAGAAGAACCACCCAGGCUGGGAGUACAGAUUAUGGACCGAUGUCGACAAUAGGAAGCUUGUGCUAGAUCAUUACCCCUGGUUCCUGGACACAUACGAUGCGCUGCCCAAGCCCAUCAUGAAGGCAGACAGCGUGCGAUACCUCUACAUGUACCAUGUAGGAGGGGUGUAUGCGGACUUAGACUUUGAGUCGAUAAGGAGCCUGGAGGAUGUUUUAGCGGGGAGGCAGGUGGUGCUGGCAGAGAUGACAGAGGAGGAGUGGGACCAGAAGAUCCCCAAUGCCUGGCUGGCCUCCACCAAGGGUCACCCCUUCUGGCUCUACUGUAUCCAGCAGAUCAUCAAGGCCGCCGGCUCCUGCGCCGCCACCAACACCGACCGGUGGGACUGGCUGGAGGCGACCACGGGGCCGGUGAUGCUUUUCCAUGCGGUGGAGGCCUACAAGAAGGUCAAGGGCCUGUCGGGGUUGACCAUCCUGCCGCCCGGCGUGAUCUACCCCAUCGAUUGGCGCCGCACCGUCUGGGGCCCCAAGGACGGCCCAGGCGACGAGUUCAGCAUCUGCAAUCCGCCGCACCCGAUUUUCAACGAGGAUCAGUGCAAGGCUCGCUUCCCUCAGGCCUAUGCCAUCACAUACUGGACGCACACCUGGUGACCAGCCCAGCAAAAGGGAGGACCUGAGAGGCUGCCAGCAUGCAGGCUGCGCACUGAUUUGGGUGGAUUUUUCCACACCUGCAUGGCUGCUAGACUCGUCUGGCUGUUCCUGCCGAUGUUACUGGGAGGUCAGACAGGCAGAGCUGUGCCACAACGCGAUGUGUACCUGUACAAUGUAUGGCCACCCGUUGAAUGCCAUUCCUCGGAAUGAUGUGUUGCCGGACCUAUCUCGAGAGAGGAAACUGUGCUUGCAUGAAUUCCUAGCCGAUCUCACUCUGGAUUCGUUUUUAUUCUUGUGCGGUAGUUAGAUUUCAGUCAAAAAAUGAUUAGGGCCUGUGUUCUCCUUUCAUUUCAUUAGGUGUGAUAGGCUCUGCUGCUGGGCUGGUGUAUGGAAUGACAGCAACGACAUUUGUUCCAUCUGGGGAUCUUCCGUCAUCUAGUUGCGACACUUGGUAGUGCCAAUCCAUUUAGCCAAGGAAGCUCCUUAGAUAGCUCACAAAGUUGUGGUUAAAGUUGUGUCUUAG